AUGGUCGUCACGGCGACCACCGCAGAGAUGCCGAAGAAGCGGCAGGCCUCCCGGGACCGAAUAGCACGGUGCAUUGCAUCUGUUGGCCUUUAUGUUCCAGGGGGUACUGUAGUCUUACCCUCAACUGCUUUGAUGCUCUCGGUGCCUCCACAGAUUGCUGGGUGCAACACCAUUGUUCUAGCAACUCCGCCUGGUCGUGAUGGCAGUAUUUGCAAGGAAGUGUUAUAUUGUGCAAAGAAAGCUGGCGUCACCCACAUUCUAAAAGCUGGGGGAGCUCAGGCGAUCUCAGCGAUGGCUUGUGGAACAUCAUCUUGCCCAAAGGUUGAAAAAAUUUUUGGGCCAGGAAAUCAAUAUGUUACUGCUGCAAAAAUGAUUCUUCAGAAUAGUGAAGCCAUGGUUUCCAUUGAUAUGCCUGCUGGCCCUUCAGAGGUGCUGGUCAUCGCCGACAGACAUGCCAAUCCAGUUCACAUAGCUGCAGAUCUACUCUCUCAGGCAGAACAUGGUCCUGACAGUCAGGUAGUUCUUGUCAUUGCUGGAGAUGGUGUCAAUGUUGAUGCAAUUUUAGCUGAAGUGAGCAAACAAUGUGAUAGCCUUCCUAGGGGAGAAUUUGCUUCAAAAUCACUUGGUCAUAGCUUUGUUAGUACACGUGUUCCCGUGCCAAGACAUGGUGUUGGACGGCCACGCAAGAGGGCGUUGGUAUCUCUGGCGACGGAGUCGUCAGAGAGGUCUAUUGGGAUUGAGCUUGUCGCUCAGGGACAGAUUCCUCAUGGUACCACGGGUGCAUCGGGCUCACAGAUGCCGACGGUUCCUUCUUCAGAGGUACCUACCUCGGCCAUACCAGUCGCACCCACCCUUGCAGCGUCCACAGUACCACCAACAAUACCACCUGUGGUAUAUCCGGCACCUCCUCCAACCGUGCCUAUUGUGUACCCAGCACCAUCGACACUUGUGCCUAUUACUGCAUAUUCAGCACCUGCACCAGCAGUACCGGUUGUUCCUUAUCCACCCUUAUAG